AUGAUAUCUUCGUUCUACAUCCAGUUAUAUAAGAUUGUUGAUGACCCUUCGUCGGAUCAGAUCAUCUCGUGGAGCAAAAGCAGCCCUAACAUUUUCGUCGUUUGGGACUUGAAAAAGCUUCGCAGAGACAUUCUUUUUAAAUCUUCCGGAGUGCUGGGCAGAAACUUAUCGGAGUUUAUCGCAAAACUUCGCUCACAUGGCUUUCGAAGUGUCCUCAAGGGUUUUGGGGAAUUGGAGUUUGAACAUGAUGAUUUUACCAGAGGCCUUGUGACGAAGAAGACGAAGAUUAUCAAGGCUUUCUCCGACAGGUUUGAUGCUCAAAUCAAAGCCAUCAAGUGUAGGUUUAAAGCCAAGAAAGCUUCUUCUUCUCUCAAAGUUGAGCAUCUCUUUCCAUAA